CCUUUCCUCCGUAUCGACCCUCCUGCGUCAGAUGAGCUCACCUGCACCCCGAAAUCCCCUCUUGGAAUGUUUCAUGGCAUUCCGAUCAAGGGGCAGUGUUUUGGUUCAGCCACACCUCAUCGCUGCCCGACAACCAGGCAAAAAAAGCACUUAAUAGCUCGGCCGCGGUCCUGAAUUUUUUUGGGGUUCGCAUGCCUUCUGCGGGUUCAGAGGAGCUCGUCUGUUGAUAUACCAUUCUUCUUCUUCUUUCUUUUCAGCCUUGUUCCCCGACCUCAUGGCUACUGAAAGCACCCAUCGGCCUCGCGCCGCUACCACCAGUAUACCUGUGAUGGGCCCUCCUUCCUCUAUUCCUCGACACUCCCAAGGCUCGGGUCAGGCUCAUAGAAGUCCUGUCUUGUACCAGGGGAGUCCGCCUUUGGGGAUGAAUGACCAUGAUAUCAACAGUACGGCGCAGGGACCGUUGCGUCAUCCCAAGCCCAUCACCCCGUCGGACUUACAUUUGGUUCUAGAGAAGGAGCAGGAAGCAAUGGUGAAUCGAUUGACUCGGGAGCUCUCUCUCCUCCGCCAACAGACAGCCUCCGUGGCAUCGACAGCCUCCUCCACAUCGACCAUGAACGAUCCUAUCGAUGGGUUCCAUACAUCCCCGUCGUUGGGCAGCUCCACACACACCCACUCCUCCCGACGUCAGCGGUCAUCCUCCAGCCUGAGCUCUCACACGGCGGCCCAAAGCUCGCAAGCUGCCAGCGUGACGGGCAUUGCCCCCUCUCGCGAGACAAGCAUACCUUCCCGGUCGAACGACACCUCUCACCCUCGCACAGUUCGAAGCCGAGAGCCGUCUCUCACAUCACGCCGCCCGUCGAUCGGGUCUAUCCCCUCCCACCCGCAAUAUUCCCACGGCGACCAAUUCACCCAAUACGGAAGUCCAUCCAUCUAUCCCCACCGCAACUCAGUCUCCCAGACCCACCUGGGAUUGUCAAGCAAUCCCCUCUCACGGUACGAAGAAGCUGUUUUGCACAAGUCGGAGUUGGAGCAGAUCAAGCGGGAAAAUGAGCAGCUGCGAAAGCGGGUUCGGGAGUUGGAAAAUGUGUUGAAGAAGCAGAGGGAUGGGGAGCCGAUGACGCCGACGGAGACUCCGCCCCCCUUUGGGGAUUCUUGAGGGAUCUUCUAAAGUGCUUUUACUGCCGGGUGCAGUGCUAUUUCUCUUUUGUUACUAUGAUUAUCCCUACCGGGCUGGAAGAAUUUGCAGGCAGUCAUAAAUCCAC